AUGGAACUAGUUCCGUUCUGGCUCGUGCGGAGUUCCUGCUCUGGUCUCACCAGUCACAAGACGCGAAUUUUAUUCGCACAGAAACAUAAAUAAACUUAACCCACUGAUAAGCGGACCAGUAAUCUUCAAUGAAAUCACAACGAACCGAUAAAAACCCAUCGACCACCUGCCUGAGCACGCACGACGGAGCCGCCCCGGAAGAAUUCCUUCGCACCUGUGCGUCGUCGUAGCUAGUAGUUGCCCACCGCCGCCCACUUCGGCCCGUGAAUGUUAUCAGUUCGGAGGCGCGCUGAAACGCCUACUAAAAGCCCAUACUAGCUAGCACCCAGCACCCGAACUACCAUCGAGUGGGCGCGCACAAAAGGCCAGCGCUCAAGGACAUCGAAUAGUGUGUGAGCAGAGGCGGUGCCGCAAGGCUAGAGUGGCUUAUAAAUAAACGAAGGGCCAGUAACGAGAAAUGUAUAUUGACAUUUAAAGCAAUCGCCCGCAGUUGCAUUGCAGCAGCGCAGCAGCAGAGGCGGAAGCGGCCAGGUAACCGCCUCGUCAGGGAAACGUGCUUUGCAUAUCAAAACCAAUUUUCGGGCCAUGCAACUGCGGUUGGAACGGGGCUGACAGGCUUACCCAUCCACGACCACAAACAAAAAAGACACGACAGCAAUAGAGACUCUAGUCAUUAGUUCAUAUGGAUGCUACCACAAGUUCAAAGUUCAGCGAUGUGGACGAGUAUGGCUUUAAGCGCGGCGAACACUUCGACUACAAGAACUACUCCAAGUUCAUGGAGGGUUACCUGAAGACGCUAACACGACGCCGCAUAAAAUGGGAGGUCAUACUGCAACAAAACCACGAUCUCAGCCAGCCGGAUGCCAAACUGAAGAGGUACAUCCGGAAAGGUAUACCCGGUCCCUACCGUCCCGACGUCUGGAUGAAAAUAUCCGGCGCCGCCGCCGCCCAGCGCCGUUCCCCGGAUCUCUACCGCACCUUGCUAAACGACGAGCCGUAUAACAAGGAAAUCAGCGAUUCCAUAUCAAUCGAUCUACCUCGUACCUUCCCUGACAAUAUCCACUUCGACGCGAAAAAGCAACGCCUAUACAACAUCCUCAUCGCCUACGCCCACCACAACCGGGAUGUGGGCUACUGCCAAGGCCUCAACUAUAUCGCCGGUCUCCUCCUUAUCGUCACAGACGAUGAGGAGAAAUCUUUUUGGCUGCUCAAGCACAUCGUGGAGAACAUUGUGCCGCAGUACCACUCGCACAACAUGGCCAAUCUGCUAAGGGAUCUUGCAGUGUUUCGGGAACUAGUCAUCCGCCGAAUUCCGGCCGUUAAUCGUCACGUGGAGAACUUGGGUCUUCCCUAUCCGGUGAUUGCUAGCAAGUGGUUCAUCUGCAUCUUUGCUGAGGUGCUUCCCGUGGAGACGGUGCUGCGCAUCUGGGACUGCGUCUUUGCGGAGGGCUAUAAGAUCGUUUUCCGUGCCGCUCUGGCCAUGUUCGUCACCCACAAGAACGCGAUAUUGGGAUGCGAUGACAUUGCUGCUCUGGCUAAUUUAUUCCGGGACACUAUGAUUCAGGACAGCGUUGUGACCAACUGUCAUGGUUUUGUGGAGUCAAUGUUUGCGUUACGCCUGAAACGCAGCGAGCUGGAGAGCCUGCGCCAGGUGGCCGUUCUGAAUCCAAAUUAAAAUCCCCAAAAAUAGCGGCGAUUUUGAACAGAAGAUCAAAGUUAAACCUUAGAACAAAAAAACAAAAACAAAUUGGAGAAGCAAUCGAAAAAUUCAAUUAUUAGGAGCGUAGUUCAACUGUGUCAUUACGUAUAUGUUCAUAAUUGUGUGUCAGCAUUAUGUAAUCGUUUCUAUAUAGUACGUAUCUGUAUGUGCGCGCAUUUGUAUUACCUCUGCAGCCCAUUUGUAGACAAGGCCAAACAAUUCGAGUAUUAGCCAACGAAAUCAAACGAGUUACCAAAGCAAAAUUUAACAAAAUCAUAACAGAACCGAACAGAACAAUAUUGAACAGAUUAAUUAAUAGAAUGUGUCGUAGGUACGACUGUAGUCGGAGUAGUAGCCAAAAUUUCCUAGUUGAUAUCUUCCGCAUGUAGACCAUUUGAAACAUGUAUGUAGGUACGUGUCUAAUCCAUUCGCAUCGCAUUUAGUCAACAUUUCACUAACAAAUUUUUGUUUGUACAUUUAGUUUUCUUGUUGAUCAGAAAAGUAUUUAUUUUUGAGUAUAUGUUCUUCGAUAGGAUGCUAUGUAAAUGUCUACUUCUAGAUAAAACACGAUGUAUUUACUUUUUAUAUAUAUAAAUGCUUUUAAAGUUGUUACAUACAUAGUUGCUAUAACUAUAAAACGUCUGUUAGCUGCAAUCGAUGCGAUUUGUCGAAUCGGUCGCCCAAUACUCACUAUUUACAACAGAUAUAUCCUGAAAUAUGAUUUGAGGAAUUGAUUUGUGAAUGCAUUUCUCCGAGGCCGUGAAACCCCGCCAACUAUUUCUGCGAGAGAGACGGGGGUCUCAACGGCCGGAGGGUCAUGUCUUGAAUGCAGUCAACAUGCUUUUCAAAUAAAAUACUAUUGCUAAUUGUUAGUAACUGUAGAAA